AUGCGCUUUUCGUUAUCUCACGUCCUGGCUGGUGCCCUGAUGGGCAUUGCCGGCGUCUCGGCCAUCCCUCAGCAGCCCUCGUCUGCAGUGUCCUCAACAACCUCAUCAGCAUCGCCAUCACAGACUUCAUCAUCGUCUUCAGACCAGUCACAGGUUUGCAACAACUCACCCGUGCUGUGUGACCGCCAUUACAACGACAUCACCUACAUGGGAGCCCACGACAGCGCCUUUCUCAGAGACGCCAGCACCGGCAACUCCAUCGCCGGCAACCAGUUCCUCAACGCCACGCUUGCUCUGGACGCUGGCCUGCGUCUCCUUCAGGCGCAGGUUCACAACGAGAACGGCACGCUUCACCUGUGUCACACCUCGUGCGGCCUUUUGGAUGCCGGACCCCUGGAGAAUUGGCUGGCGGCCAUCAAUGAUUGGGUCGUAAGCCAUGCCUCGGACGUCAUCACCAUCUUGCUGGUCAACUCGGACGACGUCAACGUCUCUCAGUUUGCGGCUGCUUUCCAGCAGUCUGGCCUCAGCAACUUUGGCUUCGUUCCUCAGAGCAAGACGGAGUGGCCGAGUCUGCGGACCAUGAUUGCCAACAACACUCGUGUCGUGUCCUUCAUCACCAACAUCGAUGCGUCUUCCGCAUCCCCCUACCUCCUGCCCGAGUUCGAUUACGUCUUCGAGACGCCCUUUACCGUUGUCGAGCUUGACGGCUUCAACUGUACUGUCGAUCGGCCCUCUGACGCCGGCACUGCUUCGCAAGCAUUUGGAUCAGGCUUCAUGGGGCUCAUCAACCACUUCAAGGACGAGGAAAUCACCACAGACAUCACCAUUCCCGACACUGACAACAUUGUCCUCGUCAACAGCGACGGCACCACCACGGAGGGAAACCUGGGCCUUCAUAUCCAGCAGUGCAACUCCCAGUGGAACCACCGCCCCAACUUCGUCCUCGUUGACUUCUGGGACCAAGGCUCGACCGUCAAGGCGGCGGACGACAGCAACGGCAUCAACCAGGUCACCGGUAGAGUCAACGCCACCAACGACAGCGACAACGACUCCUCGGCCGACAGCACAAACCAGGCGCGCGAGUUUGGCACAGGCGCCUUGAUUGCCUUCCUUGCGGCAACGCUGUUGAUGAUUUAA